AGCAUAUCCAUCGACAUUCACUCCAAGCGUCUAUAAAUACGACUGCAUAGACAGGCAACACCAUGUGUAAUGCUUUCGUUAUGCCUCCCAACGAAGAAUGCUGAGGUAAUCGACGGGGGCAAUCUGAUGGAGAAACAAAGGGUAUUUGAGUCUGUCAAAGGGCUCUGGGAGGAAUGGGAGAUCCACUGCCUUAUCCUCCUAAGCCUUCUGCUGCAAGUCUUCCUCUUCCUCGCGGCGGGCAUGCGGAAGCACAGCUCAGGUUGGGUCCUGCGCACCGUCCUGUGGCUGGCGUACCUGUCGGCCGACUCCGUGGCUGUCUUCGUGCUUGGCCACCUAGCGGUGCGCAUGAGAGGGCCAAGUCACCACCUCAUGUUCUUCUGGGCGCCGUUCGUGCUCGUCCAUCUGGGAGGGCAGGACACCAUCACCGCCUUUUCCAAGGAGGACAAUGACCUAUGGAACCGCCACCUGCUGAACUUGGCGAUCCAAGCAGCGGUCGCCGGGUAUGUUGUGGCCAAGGCCUCUUGGCCGGACGGACGGCUCAGGGCCGCCAUGGUGCUCAUGUUCCUCUCUGGGUGCUUCAAGUACGCUGAGCGGACCAUCUGUUUCUUCGCUUCGAGCCCAGCAUGGCUCAGGUCCCUAUCUAUCCUUACCUUCUACCUAGCAGAAGCUGAGGAGAUAAUUGAAAGUGGGUUACGUGAAUUUAAUAACUUUGCUGCCUUACCAACUCGAACCACGCGGCAAAUUGGGACUCUUCAUAAGAUGAAAAGUAGUUGGAGCUGGAUAGGAGUAGAGGGGAUCAAAGCAUUUGUCCUUGAUAUCAUGUCAACGGAUGCUCCCCUUAGGGUGUUGAGGACCACAGAAGUUGAAAACAAUCCACCAGAUAUGCCCGAACCGAAGUUUUGCGGUUGGGCGGCCUAUGAGUUUGUGGGAGCAAGUUUGGAGCAUUGCUACCAAUACCUCUACACCAAAAACCCAGUUCGACGUACUUUCUACGCAGUUUUUGAGUCAACAUUUUCCCUUGGUAAAUCUACCCUCUGUCUGCUAUUCACCCUCUUCCAGUAUGUUGCAACCCCGAUAGCCCUUGUGCUCUUCACAGCCGCCAAAAAAGGGGACCAUACUACUAUUAGAGCUGAUAUCAUCGUGUCCUACAUUUUGCUUGUAGGAGCAAUAGUCCUAGAUAUCUCCUCUGCCGCCGUGUUCAUCUUUUCCAUAGUUCCGGAGGACAGGAUUAUUAAGAGGGCAACGUUGCGUCUGGCCAACUACAUCCAGCCUGCAUGUUGCAGAAAGCAGUGGUCUCAAGAGCUCGCGCAAUACAGCAUGAUGAAGAGGCAAGACAUGGCAUUGGUGUGGCAGCGGAUCCGUGAGAAAUUGUCUUUCUUGGGUGUUGAACUCUUCGAUGUAACGCACGUACCCCUCAGUGAAGGCAUCAAGGAGUUUAUCUUAGAAGAAUUGGUAGGCUGCCGAACAAGAAAAGAAUGGAACAAAAUUGCCAGCUCCCGUGGUCAGCUAGCGCUUCAGCAGUGGCAGAUGGACAAUGUUCAGGUCGUAGCAGAUUCAGAUUCUUCAAUACACAGGAGCGUCGGCGGUAGUGUUGAUUUCCCAGCAAGCGUGCUCAUCUGGCACAUUGCAACAGACAUGUGCUACUACUGGAAAGACCAAGGCCACACCAAUAGUUCUUGUGAUAAAGCGAAGAGGCAUAAGGAGAUGAGCAGAGAACUAUCAAGCUAUAUCAUGUACCUUGUCUUCAAGUGUGGUGUUAUGCUUACUAACGAAUCCCAGCUUGAACAUGACAGAACUCGUGGAAAUAUUGGAUCAACUUUGCCUCAGGCCAAACUAUGUGAAAAGGAAGCUGUCAUGGAACUCAGGCAGAGGAUUGCUGGAAUUGAAGACCGUUCACCAGUACACCAUGCACAUAAGGUGGCUUUGGAGCUCAUGAGCAUCGAUGAUGAAACUCAACGUUGGGGCCUCAUCACCUCAGUGUGGUCAGAGAUGCUGUAUUACACCGUUCCUCGUUGCGGGGCCGCUUUCCACUACAUGCAUCUAGCGACAGGUGGGGAGUUCGCCACACAUGUUCUCCUUCUCAUGAAGUUUCUAGGUGCAUAAGAUAGCCGUACGUGCCAAUAUUGUCGGUGAUCCUAUAUACAAACAUCUGUAGUUGUGUAUUGGAUUAAACUUAAUAAUCUUUGUGUAAUAAUAAGAAUAGCUCUUUAUGAGUAUAUAUAUUGUGAUUUCAUUCA